GACACAUCAAACAUGCGAUGAACAUUUUCUGAUAAAGGUACAGUUGCAUGUACUGCUCUGCCCUGCCUAUGCGCGUGCUACAGUGUUAGGUGUUGCGGUAAUUUAUUGUAGGUAAAUCACCCUGAAGAACAGAUACGAUUGAUUCUAAUUUUUCGUUUAUACGACUGCUUUCUGGAGGAUCUGAAAUUAUAUUUACUGUGGUCCAGGUCUUCUACUUCCCCAAUAGGUGCCACCUUCUUCACAAGAUAAGACAUAUCAAAACCUAUCACAUGACUACAGCUCUCUCGCGCACAGCCGUCUUCUACAGUCUUCAGGACAACCUGGCUAUCUUUAUCGCGCGCUCGGCACGGCAGCCAGAACGCGGCACAUACGCUGCUUGUUUGCGCGUUAUACCUGGUUUUGUGUCGGUACAGUCAUGCGAUGGAUGUUCUGUGGCAAUAUCAGUUCAGGAUCAUCUUGCUAGGGGACUCGACGGUGGGGAAAUCGUCCUUGCUCAAACGCUUCACCGACGGUGUGUACAGCGAUGUGGCGGACCCGACGGUCGGAGUGGAUUUCUACGCGCGCUCGCUUGACAUCGAACCUGGGGUGAAAAUUAAGCUCCAGCUUUGGGACACCGCCGGCCAAGAGAGGUUCAGGUCAAUCACAACCUCCUACUACCGGAACUCGGUGGGCGGGCUCCUGGUGUUCGACCUGACCAAUCGCAAGUCGUUUGAGCACGUGCGCGACUGGCACCGGGAGGUGAGCGAGCACGUGCUGCCGCACCACAUGGUCUUCCUCCUGAUUGGCCACAAGAGCGACCUGGGGCGGGAGCGGCGGGUGCCGCGGGAGGAGGCGGAGCGCCUGGCGGCGGCGCUGGGCGUGCGCUACGUGGAGACGUCGGCCAAGAGCAACAGCAACGUGGAGCGGGCCUUCCAGAUGCUGGCGCGGGACGUGUACGAGCUGAUGCGCUCCGGCGAGAUCGCCACGCGCGACGGCUGGGACGGCGUCAAGAGCGGCUUCAACGGCAAGAUCCUGCUGCCCGCCGACGAGGAGCCGGCGCCCGAGAGCAAGUGCCAGUGCUGAGCGGGCCACGCCCCUGUGCCACGCCCCUGUGCCACGCCCCUUGCCACCCCCCCCGCAGUGUUUCGACUCACACCCUCUCGACACUGUUCACCCCCUUUGCAACCCUCUGCUUCCUGUUCCGCACUGGGCCUCUGUCCUGUGACAUCAUCGUCCUGUGACAUCAUCAUCCUGCGACAAGGCCUCGGUCCUGUGACAUCAUCAUCAUCAUCAUCAUCAUCAUCCUGCGACAGGGCCUCAGCAGCCCGGAGGCCUGCGUCUCCAUGCUUCUCCUGCUGAGCCUCACGCGUGUGUCACGCGUGACAGUGUGGGGCGAGCCCCGUGCUCCUUAAUCUGUGGCCUGGGGUCCUCACCUGUGCGCCCCCGUGGGAUUAUCCUCAACGAGGCGCGGCUGCGACCUCGUCCCCGGGAUGAGCCGGUCUGGGGUCAGACAGUCGUCCGGUGGAGACGAGCUCCCCGUUUUUGGGGAUAAAAACUUUGGAGGGAACAUCUCGACGCCUCUUCUGGUGCUCUUGGCUGUACGGGACUUGCGAGCGCCUCGUGUCAGGUGAGCGGACGCUGUGGGGUCAGGGUGCGGUGGUGCUCCCCCUCCUGUGUCUGACUGUCUCCAGUGCUCUGACCUGAAUACACCGAGCUGUAAUCCCCCGGCAGUUUGGACUGUACCAUUACACCGACUGGAGAGGGGAGGUCAGAGUGUCUGUACAGAAGAGCUUGCACAUCGUAUCUAAAUAGUGCUGUUUUUUUAAUCAUUCCCCAACCCCCCAAUGUGGCGAUGUUGGUACAAGCUGUUUAUGUGCACACAAGCCAAAAUGUCGAUUGCUUCCAUAAUGCACUGCACGCUGUUCAGUCCGUCAAGAUGACGUGACAAUUUUUAAUCUUAAUGAUACCUGUCUUAGAGCAGUUUUAUGGAAUCUUAUUCACCUGGAGCCGUCUGUGUUCUGGAGUCUACCUGCACUACCGAGCCACCUGUAACCCAGGUCUAUAUAAACCACCCCGCGCUCUGUCCUGCUCAUGUUGAUCUCUAACUGAACCCUGAUUCAGCUCAGUAUAUAAACCACCCCGCGCUCUGUCCUGCUCAUGUUGAUCUCUAACUGAACCCUGAUUCAGCUCAGUAUAUAAACCACCCCGCGCUCUGUCCUGCUCAUGUUGAUCUCUAACUGAACCCUGAUUCAGCUCAGUAUAUAAACCACCCCGCGCUCUGUCCUGCUCAUGUUGAUCUCUAACUGAACCCUGAUUCAGCUCAGUAUAUAAACCACCCCGCGCUCUGUCCUGCUCAUGUUGAUCUCUAACUGAACCCUGAUUCAGCUCAGUAUAUUCAGCUCAGUGUUUUCACUGCUGUUAACCUGUGAGGCCUUGUUUAGAUGGCUUGAGUCAGGCUGGUUGUAUUGGAAUGACCAGAUUUCCUCCAGAUGAAUGAUCGUGAGUCAGCCAGAUCACACCCCCCCCCCCCACACACACACACACACGCACACACACACAUGCACACACACACAAGCUGCCUGCUGCCACACACACACACACACACACACACACACACACACACAUACUUUCUGUCUGAAAGGUGAAUACUGGUGGCCGUGUGUGUCGUGUGUGUCCAGGAGGGGGCUGCACUUUCAGAUCCUAAAAGGCGCUAUAUAAAUGCAGGUGAAGAGUGCGCCAGUGCUGUUAUCGCCCUCCCAGGUGACUCACCUUAACCUGUGAGCAGGGUUUGGAUCACAAGGUCCUCGUCAGGUGACUCAAUAACGAUAAUCACAGUGUUUGUGUAAUGUUUCAUCAGUGCCUGUUUGCCUAAGCUGCGUUGAUGCUCUGUUUCUUGGCAACACUCUGUCAGGAAAACGCGAAAGGUUCACAGGUUUUUUUCUCAGAAUAGCGCGGUGGUUCAUUUACACCUGGGCAGACAAAUUUGGGGAUACCAAACCGAAUUGACGCCUGCUAGUGCAGGGAGCUCCGGGGACUGGAAUCUCACCCGAGAAACAGGGUCCCCCAAAGAGAGGGUACCCCAUAGCCUCCCAGGAGUCGUGGUCGUGGUUGAGGUCUGUCGCUCAUUCGCAGAUCUCCAGCGGGCCCCUGGGGCUCAAGUGACAGGUGGCUGUGGUGCUGCAGGUAUCUCACCUGUAUGGGUGGCUGUGUGCCAGGUAUGGAAGCGCAGGGGCGGGGGGGGGGGGCUGGGCGGAGUCUCACCUGUAUGGGUGGCUGUGUGCCAGGUAUGGAAGCGCAGCGGGGGGUGGGGGGGGGGCUGGGCUGGGCGGGGCUCCCUGGUGGAUUGGGGACAGCGCCGCAGUGUAACUAUGAGGGGAAUGGGGUGUGGCGCGCUCAGCUCCUCCUGCGGUGGCGGGGGGUUGGCGGGACGCUGGGAGCCAGCUGUCCUCGCCUGCCCCUGUGACGGCGGAAGCUUCUGGAAGCCCUGUGAACACAGCGGGGGGGGGCGGGGGCGGGGGGGGGGGGGCUCCGGGUCCAAAGGUCUCCCGCCGUCUUCUGCCCGCGGUGUGUCGGGUUGACCCGGUUACCAUGGCGACGCCACUCCCUCUCCACGGCUGAACCGACGGGAAGAACAACAGGAAGACGUGCACUAACGAGGGCAAGGAGCAGCGACUGAGAAAGGGCUCAAAGGGAGCAGUGAAGAACACGACUACAACCCGGGAGUGACUCCUAAACCACAAUAACAUUUCCACAGCACUUUAGGACCUGGUCAAGACCAGGUCACAACUUCGUUUCGCUUUCAGUUUCAAUCAACUGAAAAUCUCCUCUGCUAUUUGCUGCCUCAGUGGUUCUCUGCUGGUGACCUUUGAACCUUCCUGAAAACCAGAUUCCGUUCUUUCCUGCCAGUACAUGGCCCGCUUUCGGGAAGCCACGGUCAGCUGUGACCUCAUGUGAUGUUUUGGAGUGUGUAACACAUUUUGGACUGCGUUAGUGUUCUAGAUUCCAUUUGCAGUGGGUUGCACUGUGCUGCUGUAUCACACCCGUGCUCGUGUCUGAUUGGUGGACAAGUGGAGAGAUUCUGUGGGCUACUGCACAUGCCCAGUGCGUCAUUCGCUCAUGAAGCUAGCUCCCUCCCCCACAGAGAGAGAGAGAGAGAGAGAGACCAUUCCCCUGGGUUUCCAUGGCUACUGUCCCUCAUACAGGCCGUAUGUUCAGGGGACGUUGUGCUUGGCUCGUUCCAGCCCCCUUUGCAAACACCCCAGUUUGGGGGGGCGGGGGGGACAGCAGGGUGAACCAGGGAACCUUUCAGAAGAUUUCACUCUGACAACGGCCUGUCAUGAGGCUCAGCCAUUUCUGGAAUUUUCUACGGAAGCGCAGAAACCGAGGCUUGCAUUUUGGAGACUCAGAACCUUCCAGAAAACCUGGGCUGCCUGACAAUAACAGCAGUUGUUUUCUUUUUUUGGUUGUUGUUUUUUUAAAGUCCAGUGACCGGUGACUCACGUCGGGCUGCUUGUGUGAAGGGCCGCUCUCGUUACGCCAGCUGGCUGCCUUACAUUUGGUCCGUCCGUUUAUUCAUUUGCAGAGGUCUGUUCUUCUCACCUCCAAGCCAAAUAAAGCACAUGCUCUCAGUUUCAGGCAGCUUGGUCUGCCAAUCAGAUUCAUAGUUCCCCCUGUCUCGGGCCUUUCUUACUGGCUGUAUGGUCAUGUUAGUGUUCUAUUAAUAUCAUUAAUAUGAAAAAAAACCCAGUGCUGUCAGCAGCCUCAUGCAGAGAGAGAGAGAGAGAGAGAGAGAGAGAGAGAGAGAGAGCGAGAGCGAGAGAGAGAGAGAGAGAGCGAGAGAGAGAGAGAGACAGAGAGAUGGAACAGUUAAUCAGUGUGAUCACUGGAGGUCUUUUGGCUAGCCUUGUCUCCAUAAUCACUAACCUGCAAUCUCAGCCAAGCUGCUAGUCACAGUAAUAGUCUGUAUUAUAUUUGACACUAUCCUACAUUGUCAUCCUUUUGUUUUUUUUCCACCUUUUUAUGAUAUAAUGUGUGCAAAUCCAGUUUAUUGCAACUUUGCAACCUGCUCCUUUUUGCAACCCUGCAAACAAUUAAUUAAACUAUUAUAUUUGGUGACAGGAAAUGACACGUGACUGAUUGACCUAAAAUGACAUGUCUACAAACUCCUGCGAUCACACUGAUGCUCAUAGUUUAGGAAGCAUCCUGGUCAUUUUCAGCACUGAACUUCAGCCCUCUAUGAUGUCACAGUGGCAGCAUGACAAUCUCCAUGGAAACCACUCAAGGUCUUUACCUCUUCACCUCUGUGAUAGACAUUGGGUGCUGAACUGGCUUCCUGCUGAUGCACUCUGAAAAAUAUUGCUGUAAUGUUCUCUCAACGUUAUACUGCAACGUCUUUGGGGAUAAUGUAAAGCUUUGUCAGGAUCUGAACCAUAGAAAGAAAUAUUUGAACCGAAUUGUCAUUAUUCUGGCCCAAAGUGUCGAUGCUCAGUGGUAGCAGGUUUUGUUUUGUUUUUUAAUCUCCAUUGUUUUCAUGUUUGGGGUGUUGGGAAUGACACUGAGAUGACAUAUCUCAUACCCAGUCAGAGAAACAGGGUUAACCCACAGGCUUCCUAGAAGCCGGCGGCUUAUGUUGAUUGUAAUGUGCGCCCUCUUGUGUUAGGCUUACAGUAUUGCAAAUGACCUCAUUUUAAUUCAUGAACAGAUACUGGAAUUCUCAUUGUGAUUGUAAAGGCACAUAUCUGCUAAUGUCUAUAGCAAAUUUUUGAAAGUAUAUUUGAGCACAUUUUUAUUUUAGAAUAAAUGCUACUCAUACUCAACCAUACUUGAAAUUAUGUCACUUCUAAAAGCAAAAAAAAAACAAAACAAAAAAAAAAAAAAACGUUUACCAAGUAAUAAGAGUGAAAUGUAAAACUCAAAAGUGAAUAUCUUAAAGGCAUGAGAAUGACAGUUACUAAUACAGUCUUUAUUAUUGUUAUCAUGUGGUAAUGUGCCGGAGAAGCAUCGCUUAGCUUAGCUCGGUUGGGGUGGUUGGGGUUGUUGGGGAGGGGAGAAAAACAGGGCAGUUGACCUGUGAUAAAGCCCCUGUGUGUUCCAAAUAUCAGGGAGGGGACUGGGGGGGCGGGGGGGGGGCAGUUUACCUGGGCUGGGGGGCUUUCAGAAGCACUCAGAACAGAACUUGUGUUUCGAUCACUUUGUGGGCUCUUUGAUUUGCACUGCCAGUCCUUCCUCCCGGGCUCUGUAGAAUAAACGCUGAGAUAUUCACA